AUGUUCUGGCAUAUAAAAAGGGUUCUUCCUAGUGAGAAGUACCGAUGGCUCAAAAAUACCACUUUACAUAUUGGCGGUCAACUUGGCUACCAAGGAGUCAUCGAAAUCUACCAGAGCGACAACGUGGAAGCUCCAACGUGGAAGUCUGACAAGGCUAUGGACCUAGAAAUCAGUGACUACUAUGAUGCAAAUAACGGUGAAGUCAUCUUGAGAAACCAAAAGCCUGCUUUUGUGCAUGCAACUGAGUGCGUGUCUAUGUUAGCAUGUCCUUGGUGCGGUCAAGAAAACCCUAACAAAAGGGAUAAAGAGAAACAGCCUCAAACUACCACUACAUUCAAAGAGUCUGUUUCUCAAAGCAGAGAACUCCGGCAGAAAGCUAUAGUGAUUGGGAAGAAGUUUUUACCUGGACGGAACAACAUUGGAUCCUCAGUUCUAUCAGCAGAAAAGAAGACUAUGGCAGAGGGACAUUAUAAUCUAUCGAUUGCUCUUUAUAAGCCCAAGAACGAUGGAUCCCCCUGGUUCAAUGGUAAAUGGACAAAAGUCGCGAACUAUAGCAUCUUAUUAGCUCAAUACGAAGUCUUCGAUAUCCGCACCCCCGCUGAAUUGAUCAAGAAUCUCGAACCCUCAUGUCGGGAGCUACAACAACUACUUAAAUCCAAGGCCUAG